AUGUCUGUUCCUUUAACCAAAGUCGAUUCUGCCAUCGCUGGCUUGUCCAUAUCGGAUGAGAAGCCAAUUGAGAAAGACCUCAAGGACAAGAAGCGGCACUCAUCAACGGCACCAGGUGUCUGGUCUAUGCAAGACCUGGGUCAGUAUCAUCCCCCUACAGUAGACAUCAUACUAACAGCAGCAGAGAAACAAAAGAUCGAAAUCACCCUCCCCAUCGAAACCCAGAAGACCGGGUGGAAACUGAACACCUCCCCCAAGACCAUCGAAGACCAAGACAUUCUCAAGCUACAACUCAUCAACCCCCCAGUCAAGAAGAUCGACCUCCACUUCCCACUCGGUCUGGAAGUAACCGCCCGCAACUCCAAAGGAGUGACAAUCAAGGAUGCCUUAGAUGCCAUCUACAAGCAGUUCAAGAAGAAGGCGGACGAUGAACUCGACAAGCCCUACCUCGCCGGCUUCGAGUGGGACAAGGACGAGUGCUGGACCCGUCUGGUCGUGCACCAGACAAAGACAGGUGCCCCGGCGGCUCCAAGCAAAAAGUCCAAGAAGAAGGCCAAGGAAGAGGCAUAG